UUAAAUUAAAAAAUUAAUCUAUUAUUUUGAAAAUACCUUUAUCUUUUUUCUUUAUAACUAGAUUAAGAUAACGCGUUGUGAUAUUUCUGGGACUGGAACUACAUCCCGUCCUUUCUCACGUGGUGGCCGUAUCGGUCUACGUAAUCAAAGAUGCCGAGAGUGCCACUUGUACAGCACAAGACCUACACAACGCCUAGGCGUCCCUUUGAAAAGGAACGUCUUGAUCAGGAGUUGAAACUUAUUGGAGAAUAUGGAUUAAGAAACAAGCGUGAAGUAUGGAGAGUGAAAUAUGCACUUGCUAAGAUCAGAAAGUCUGCCAGAGAACUCCUUACUUUGGAAGAAAAGGACCCAAAGAGAUUGUUUGAGGGUAAUGCACUUUUGCGUCGUCUGGUAAGAAUUGGUGUAUUGGACGAGUCCAAGAUGAAGCUCGAUUUUGUGUUGGGUUUAAGAGUUGAGGAUUUCUUGGAAAGACGUUUGCAGACACAGGUUUUCAAACUUGGACUGGCCAAGAGUAUCCAUCAUGCCCGUGUAUUGAUCAGACAGAGGCAUAUCAGAGUACGUAAGCAAGUGGUAAACAUCCCAUCUUUUGUGGUACGUCUGGACUCCCAGAAGCACAUUGAUUUUGCCCUUACAUCUCCAUAUGGUGGUGGUCGACCUGGUCGCGUAAAGAGGAAGAAUGCCAAGAAGGGUACUGGUGGUGGUGGUGAUGAUGAAGAGGACGAAGAUUAAUUUACAUGUUAAUGCUGUAUUUACAUGUGCAGCCAAACAAGAAAUAAAGAGAAAAAUUGA